AUGGGGGAAAAGAAUUUGGGGAAGAGAAAAUUCAGUAGUGGGGAUGAUGUGAAAGAGGUAAGCUUUUAUGGGUUGGAGGAGAGUAGUGGUGGAGGAGAGCAGAAGGGGAAGCAGAAGGCGAAAGCUAAACAUGUGCUGUAUGAGAGGCGCCGCCGGAAUAAGUUCAAUGAAGGCCUCAACCUAUUGAAGUCCGUGGUUCCAAAUACUAGCAAAAAGUCAACAUGUUCAGUCAUUGAGGGUGCCGUUGAGUACAUGAACGACCUUCAGCAGAGGAUCGAUAACCUCAAAAAUGAAUUGGAGUCAACCAGUCCUGGCUCUUCAUUGAUGCCUACCACAAGGCUCCACCCUUCGACACCCACUCCCCCAACACUACCCAGCCAUAUCAAUGAUGAGGUUCACCCCAGCUCGUUGCCCAGCCCAAAUGGCCAAGCUGCAAGGGUGGAAAUUGGGGUACGAGAAGGAAGAGCUGUACAAAUCCACAUGUGUUGUGAGCACAAACCCGGUAUCUUGGUGUCCACAAUGAGGGCUAUGGAUAAUCUUGGGUUAGACAUCCAACAAGGAGUCAUAAGCUGUUCCAAUGGUUUUGCUAUGGAUAUAUAUCGAGCUGAGCAAUGCAAAGAACGGCUGGACGUCCAACCAGAGCAAAUUAGAGCAGAGCUUUUGAACUCAACUGGAAUCCAAGAGGGGAAGUAG